AUGGAUUUUUAUUCUGAAACAAACUUCGUUACAACAGACUCAAUGCCUCAUACCUCAAGUUCUUUUUUAACAUGCAACACUACUGAUUUAGAUAAAGAAGCGAUUAAUCCUGUUACCUCAAAAGCACUCAGCAGUUCUGGUAGUAGUAAUCAAAAUGUUUGUGCACAUUGUGGCUUUGAAAUUUACGAACCAAUAUCCUCAAAAGAUAAAGCUUCGAUUAUGAUUACAAAUUUACCACAUCUUCCAUUACACGAUGCUGCUUCAAUGAAUCAAAAAGAUGCCAAUAUUAAAUUGUUUCGAUCACAUGAUGAGGAUACUUCUGAAUGGAUAUUUUGUGAUAUUUGCCGUAAAUGGUUUCACGCAAAUUGUGUAGAUAUUCAGCAAUAUGAGAUGCCAUUAAUUGACAAAUACCAUUGCCCAAGCUGCCGAUUUGAACAUGGAGAUAGUAUAAUGAAGGUAAAGAGGCUUUUCCAUCGUUAUGUAUUUGAUGACGAGUCUCAACGUGCUUUACCUAUUCAAAUUGGGACGGAAGCUUGGACACACAAUUUUAAAAAUGAAUAUAGAAAAAUUCCAGAAGUUACACGGGAAAUGAUUGAUUUCUAUGAGGAUGGACGUCAAUUAAUGCAAAAUUUUAAUUUUUUGUCAAAAUGGACCAAACCUAUAAAAGUUAAAAACUGUAAAGGGCUCGGCCUUCGAAUGCCCGAUGAUCCAUAUUUUGAUAUUUUGGAUGUCAUUAAACUGCUUGGUGGGCAUGUUUUAGUUGACACUAUCGAUGUAUUUGCACAACAAACUUAUACAAUGAGUUUGGACAGAUUUUAUGGGUUAUGGAAAAAGCGUAUUCGUGAUCGGCUUUAUAAUAUUCUUUCGUUGGAAUUUUCUGGAACCAAGCUUUCUGAUAUAGUUAGAAGUCCUUCAAUUGUUCGAGAACUUAGUUGGGUUAGACGUUUCUGGCCGAGAGACAGUCAAUCAGAGUUGCAUCAGGAGAUAUCUCUUGAUGAUAUUUACACAUUUGACGAAAAUCCAACAUGGCAAAAACAUUUUGGUCGGGCAAAUGAAUCAGAUCAUCAACAUGAGAGUUCAAGGCCUUACGUUGAGAAUUUCUGUCUACUGGGGAUGCGAGGGAGCUACACUGAUUUUCACAUUGAUUUUGGCGGUUCUUCUGUUUGGUAUCACGUUUUUAGGGGCUCAAAAAUUUUCUUUAUUGCCCCUCCUUCGCCUGAGAAUUUACAAGCUUUUCUUAAUUGGCAAAAUGAUAAAGAGCGAUCGGAAAAGUUUUUUGGUGAUCUUUUACCGAAUAAUGGAAAAAUAUAUCGUUUGGAGGUUGGGGAACGCGAGACAUUAUUACUUCCUAGCGGUUGGAUACACAGUGUUUAUACUCCUGAAGACUCGAUUGUAUUCGGCGGUAAUUUCUUGCAUUCGUUAAAUGUUGAUUUGCAAUUGAGGGUUUAUGAUAUGGAACUCGCUGUUGAGACUGACGAACGCUUUAAAUUCCCUUUUUUUGAAUUAUGUAAUAUUUAUGCAGCUAAGAGCUUUGCCGAAUCGAUAAAAGAAUGUGGACAACUAGCAGAUCAAUUCCAAAUUAAUGUGGCUACUUUACUUCUUGAAAAGUGUAGUAAAUGGAUUCAAGAAGCGGACAAAUUUUCAAUAUUCAAGGGAACAUUGAAACAGUUGGAAAAACAACUUGAACGGCAAACAAAUCUUCAACGACGAAUAAAGGCUCACAAUCCAGCAAUUAAUUCAACAUGUAUGCCUGCAAUUUCCCCAUCUUCCCGGUGUUCACCUUCAAGACAGCCAGAACUCGAGAUUCAAGAUUUGGACAGCAGUUGGGAUCAAGAUGAUGUUGAUGAGUGUAAUGAACAGGAAGAUGAUUUUGACACUAUUGCUGAUGAUGAUGAUGAUUCUGAUAAUAACUCUGAUUUUAGAACAGAAGCUGGAAAGGAAUUAUCUAUAGGUCAGCAACCUUCGACUUCUGCCAAUAAUGUGACUGGCCUGGUGGAUACUGUUUCUGAUAUUGAUCCUGAAGGACAUAUUCGUCUAAAAAUUAAGCUGCCCUGUUGGCAUCAAAAGCCUGACAAUGAGAAGAAACAAGUUAAUAAUGAUAUAAAUAUUAUCGCGGACGAAGAUGAGGCAGAUAUUGGUGCAAUGUUUAGUGGUAGAUCAAUUCAUGGGCGCCAGAUUCGUCCAACUUCUCGGAUUUCAACAUUAGGAGGAAUUACCAUGGGUGAUCAGAAAAAUGAUGUCUUCGAUUUUGUCCCUGGAACUGCUUCUAUUACCUCUAAAAAUGUUGGCCAUAAAGAUUUCAUAUCACCAUUUGCUCUUAAAGAGCGCCCACAAGUACACCUUGCUGAUAAAGCUGAUGAGAAAAACUACAAAAAUGAAUUAUUUUUGCCUUUAAACAAGCAAAAAAGAAAGAAAAUAAAUACAAAUUGCUCUAACAUUGAUUUUUUCCCAAACGAUUUAUUUACUUCAACUUCAAGUACCUCAUUAAAUAAAGCAGAUUCUGUGAUACAAAAGAAACCAAAGAAAACUUCAGCAGUUAAUUCUCGUGAACGUCUAGCAAAGAAAUUAGGCUUAAUGCGUAAGAAGUAA